AUGCUUGACCUUUGCCCCUAGAUGCUUUGGCCCGUCCGCCAUUUUGCGCUCUUCGGAGAUAGUAUUUUUUUUCUCUGAUCUAAGGAAAAUUCCAACUGAUUUGAACGCGAAAUCAACCAGGCAACAUUCGAAGCGUAAAGACGCAGUACUACUAGUGACCUAUCGCCACAGAAUCGCCAUAGUGUUCGCAAAGGCUGACCAUCGGGUAUUCUGGGAACGAGACUAGCAACAGAGAGAGCGAGACAGGAACGAGGGAACAUACGGACAAAUACGAGGCAAAUUUGUUCACCUGUGGGAAACAAGGGAAGAAAGUAGAGACUCUGUUCAAGGUGGACGUCGCCGUGGACGGCAGCGAAAAGCUUGGCAGGAUAACAUCGCUGACUGGACGUCUCUCAGCCUGCAGGAGAGGAUAACCCUGGCUAGGGAUAGACGAACUUGGAGGUAACUCUCGAUCUUCAUGUCUACCUUGUCCCCCCAACGACCUGGAGGUCAAGGGACUAGGUAGGUAGGUAGGUUCAAGGAAACCAUUAAUCCUACGCUGCCCCGGACCGACGCAGAUAUACUAGUACGUGCAAAUUUGUCCAGUACAGAUGGAAGGGCAAAGAGCAGAGGAUGUUUUGGGUGCUGCUUUGGCUGCGUCCCACAAAUGCGACCAUUGCAGAUACAGGGCGGCGUACAAAUAUCACCUAGCCAGGCAUAUGAGAAAACAUAUGGAUAAGACACAUGGUGAAAAGGACUUUAUGUGUGGGGAAUGCGGGUACAGGGUGGCUUUUAAGUGUGAUCUAACCAGGCAUAUGAGAACACAUAAAGGCGAGAAACCCUUCAAGUGUGACUAUUCUGCUGCACAGAAAGGCAGUCUAGAUAAACCCUUCAAGUGUGACCAGUGUGACUAUUCUGCUGCACAGAAAGCCAGUUUAGUCUACCAUAUGAGAAAGCAUACAGGUGAGAAGCCCUACAAAUGUGAGCAGUGCGACUAUUCUACUGUACGGAAAUCUGAUUUGGUUAACCACAUGGCUAAGCAUACUGGUGAAAAGCCCUACAUGUGUGGGGAGUGCGGGUACAGGACGGAAUACAAGUGUAACCUAAUCAUACAUAUGAGAAAACAUACAGGCGAGAAGCCCUACAAGUGUGACCAGUGUGACUAUUCUGCUGCACAGAAAGCCAAUUUAGACCAACACAUGGCUAAACACACUGGCGAAAAACCCUGAAUGUGUGGGGAGUGCG